AUGGGUCAAUCACGACGCCCCGUAGGCGGGGAGAAGAAGAGUCGCUUCGGGCGCAACAAAGCAGUCGGCGACGUCGGUGACGGCCGUCAGACUGGCAAGGGUCAGAUCAAGAAGGCCACAUUCGAGACCUCCAAGAAGAAGGAGAUCGGUGUGUCCGACCUCACCCUGCUCAGCAAGAUCUCCAAUGAGGCCAUUAACGAGAACUUGAAACUUCGCUUCCAACAUGGCGAAAUUUAUACCUAUAUCGGACAUGUGUUGGUGUCUGUCAACCCAUUCCAAGACUUGGGCAUUUACACUGAUAAGGUACUCGACUCCUACCGCGGCAAGAACCGCCUCGAAGUCCCUCCCCAUGUUUUCGGAGUCGCCGAGUCGUCAUACUACAACAUGAAAUCCUACAAGGACAAUCAAUGCGUGAUUAUUUCGGGAGAGUCUGGUGCUGGAAAGACGGAGGCCGCUAAGCGGAUCAUGCAAUACAUCGCGAGCGUUUCCGGCGGCAGCGACUCGUCAAUUCAACAGACCAAGGACAUGGUGCUUGCUACAAACCCUCUACUGGAGUCCUUCGGUAAUGCCAAGACUUUGCGCAACAACAAUUCGUCACGAUUCGGCAAGUACCUGGAGCUGGAGUUCAACGCCAAUGGUGAGCCGGUGGGUGCCAACAUCACGAACUAUCUAUUGGAGAAGACCCGUGUCGUGGGCCAAAUUAUGAACGAGCGAAACUUUCAUAUUUUCUACCAAUUCACCAAGGGCGCGCCGCAGAAGUACCGCGAUAAUUUCGGUGUCCAACAGCCGCAAUCCUACCUCUAUACAAGCCGAUCCAAGUGUUUCGAUGUGCCUGGAGUCGAUGAUGUAGCCGAAUUCCAGGAUACACUUGAUGCGAUGAAGAUGAUUGGUAUGACCGAGGCGGAGCAGGAUAACGUUUUCCGCAUGUUGGCGGCUAUCUUGUGGAUCGGUAACGUUCAGUUUAGCGAGGAUGAUUCGGGCAAUGCGUCUAUUGCAGAUCAGUCCGUGGUGGACUUCGUCGCAUACCUGAUGGAGGUGGACUCUGCCCAAGUCAACAAGGCCUUUACAUUUCGACUAAUGGAGACCUCGCGCGGAGGUCGCCGGGGCUCCAUCUACGAGGUUCCGCUCAACACUGUUCAGGCUUCGGCUGUUCGGGAUGCUAUGGCCAAGGCGAUUUACUUCAAUCUGUUCGACUGGAUUGUCGGGCGCGUCAACCAGUCUCUGACUGCCAAGAGCUCUAUUGCCAACUCAAUCGGUAUCCUGGAUAUUUACGGAUUCGAAAUUUUCGAGAAAAACUCAUUCGAGCAGCUCUGCAUCAACUAUGUCAAUGAGAAGCUGCAGCAGAUCUUUAUUCAGCUGACUCUGAAGGCAGAGCAGGAUGAGUAUGCUCGCGAGCAGAUCAAGUGGACCCCAAUUAAGUAUUUCGAUAACAAGGUGGUGUGCUCAUUGAUCGAGGACAAGCGACCUCCUGGUGUUUUCGCUGCGCUGAACGAUGCUUGCGCAACUGCGCAUGCUGAUUCUGGAGCGGCCGACAGCACCUUCGUUGGAAGGUUGAACUUCCUUGCUCAGAACCCCAACUUCGAAGGUCGCCAGGGCCAGUUCAUUAUCAAGCAUUAUGCCGGUGACGUGAGCUAUGCAGUCGAAGGAAUGACGGACAAGAACAAGGAUCAGUUGCUAAAGGACUUGCUGAACUUGGCCGGAUCUAGCAGCAACGAGUUCGUUCACACACUCUUCCCCAACCAGGUUAACCAGGACGACAAACGACGCCCUCCCACUGCCGGUGACAAGAUCAAGGCAUCCGCCAACGACCUUGUUGCUACUUUGAUGAAGGCACAGCCUUCAUACAUCCGAACCAUCAAACCCAACGACAACAAGGCUCCUAAGGAAUACAAUGAGGGCAAUGUCCUGCAUCAGAUCAAGUACCUGGGUCUGCAAGAGAACGUACGCAUUAGGCGUGCCGGUUUUGCAUACCGUCAGAGCUUCGAUAAGUUCGUCGAGCGAUUCUAUUUGCUGUCACCAAAGACCUCCUAUGCUGGUGACUACACCUGGACUGGCGAUUCGGAGUCUGGCGCCAGGCAGAUUCUGAAGGAUACCAGUAUACCCGCCGAGGAAUACCAGAUGGGUAUUUCCAAGGUCUUUGUCAAAACUCCUGAGACCCUCUUCGCACUUGAGGCCAUGCGCGACAAGUAUUGGCAUAACAUGGCUAUUCGUAUUCAGCGUGCUUGGCGCAACUACCUACGGUACCGCAUUGAGUGUGCUAUCCGGAUUCAGCGCUUCUGGCGCCGUAUGACCGGAGGAAUGGAAUUCAUCAAGCUACGCGACCAGGGACACAAAGUCCUUCAGAACCGCAAGGAACGUCGGAGGAUGAGUCUUCUCGGAUCCCGGCGCUUCCUAGGUGACUAUCUCGGUGUGGCCAACGAUGGCGGACCCGGUCAGAUGAUUCGCAAUGGCGCGAACAUUAACAGCUCCGAGGAACUUCUCUUCUCUUGUCGUGGCGAGGUCUUGAUAUCCAAGUUCGGUCGUUCUAGUAAACUGGCACCUCGCAUUCUUGUCCUGACCAACCGUCAUGUCUAUAUUGUAGCCCAAAGCAUUGUCAACAACCAGCUUGUCAUUUCAUCUGAACGCACCAUCCCGAUCGGCGCCAUUAAGGCUGUCAGCACGUCUAACCUAAAAGAUGACUGGUUCUCGCUGGUCGUCGGUGCUCAGGAGCCCGAUCCUUUGCUCACCUGUGUCUUCAAGACUGAGUUCUUCACCCAUUUGUCGAAUGCCCUUCGCGGUUCAUUGAACCUCAAGGUUGGCGAAAGUAUCGAGUACAACAAGAAGCCCGGCAAGCUGGCCCGUGUCAAGGCUGUGAAGGACCCCCAGGCUGGCAAUGUCGACUCCUACAAGAGCAGUACAAUCCACACUAGCGCCGGCGAACCUGCCAGCUCUGUGUCUAAGCCCACUCCUCGUUCCAGGCAAGUGGCUGCCCGACCUGUCACCUCAGGCAAGCUCCUUCGACCGGGUGGUCCUGGUGGUGGACCGUCGAAGCUGUCUGCUGCUGCCCGAAAACCUCCCCCUGCCGCUCAGCCCUUGCCGCAGUCCACGCCCAAGCCUGCCGCUCAACCGCGCAUUGUCCCUCAACCUGUUGCGAAUGUUGCUGCCGCACACACUCGCAACCAGUCUUCGGGCUCUGUGAGAGCCCCACCCCCUCCUCCCCCGACUGCACCUGCUGCCUCGAAGAAGCCCACUGCCAAGGUCCUGUAUGAUUUCAACAGCGACCGGGCGAAUGAGCUGUCCAUCCGAACCGGCGAGAUCUUGCAGAUCGUCUCCAAGGAAGGAAAUGGCUGGCUUAUCUUGAGGAACAAGCGACCGCUCCUCCACCCAAACCCACCCCUCCGCCUCCCCCAGCUGCACCUCGCGCAACCCCCCAGCCCCGUCCCCAACGGCGCAGCCAGCGUCGCCGCCGCGAAAUCCAAGCCUGCCCCUCCCGCACCUCCGGCCAAGCGACCCAAUGUGGCCGGCCGCAAGCCUGCACCUCCUCCUGCACCCCGCGACAGCGCUGUGAGCAUGAACUCGGGCGACUCAUCCGGAGCCAGCGGACGCGGCACACCAAACAGUGUCUCGAACGCCAGUCUAGCAGGUGGUCUUGCGGAAGCUUUACGCGCGCGGCAGAGUGCCAUGCAAGGGAAGCAUGACGAUGAUGACGAGUGGUAG